AUGACCCUUUGCACUCGAGCCCUCGCCCUCCUCUGCCUCGCCACUUGCUCGGUCUCGACUCAUCUCUUGCCCGGUUUCUGGUCGCCGCACUCGGACGCUCUGUCCACGGAGGCGCUGGACGCGGUGCCUCCGCGAGGCGGAUUCCGCGGCGUCGCGACGCCCGACUUCACCCGCGACAUCGACUUUGCCCGUCUAAUCGCGGCCCGCCUCCGGCGACAGGCCCCGGACGCGGCGUCGAGCGCAGUGGCCGCCGCCUUCAAGUGGUCCACAGUGACCGCGUUCCACAUGAAAAGGGGCGAUGGGCCCGUCGAGGCCUGGCUGGUGGUGGGCGGCGCAGCUCCGCGCGGCCGGCUCGCCUCGGCCGGCCUCGCGGAGGCGCACGCCUUCGCCACACUCGCCGGCGGACUGGUCGCCUGCCGGCUCCGAGCGGAGCCGGGCGCGCCAGCCGGCUUCGCGCUGGCCGGCGGGGCCGACGCCUGCGAGGCGCUGGAGGCGGGCUGGACGGGCGGCAACUCGACCGAGGCGGCCGGCCUGCUCGGCCCCACCGGCCUCGACAGCCUCCAACUGCCCGCCGCCUCGGCGCCGGCUGGCGCCGAGGCGGUGCUCGUCUACUGCGACCCGCUCUGGCACUCGCGGGCGCGCAUCGGCCCGUCGGCCGCGGAGCCCGGCCAGGUGCAGCCUAGCGGGCGUUGCCGAGUCCGUCUGCGCCAGGAGGUCGGCUGGACGACGCCGCCGGGCCACGGCGAGGCCGACGGCUACCUCAACUUCUGCUCGGCCGGCGCCGGCACUGGCGCCGGUGCCGGGGGCGGGGCUCGGCCCUGCGGCGCCGGAUACGCUGUCCAAUUGCGCCUGGCGCCCGAGGAGUCGGUCGGCACCGACGUCGGCCUUCGUCCCAACGUCCAUCUGCUGGUGGGAAUGCCGUUCGCCCAGCCGACCGGCCGGGUCCAGUUGCUCGGCGACCUGCUCGGCGCGACCGGCCUUCUCGCCGAGCUGGUCGGCCGGACGGCCGGUUUCGGCUCGUCGCUCGCCUGGAUGGCCUCGGAGCCGCUUGCUCUGGUCUCGGCGCCGCUGCCGACCGGCGAGUUGGCCGCCAGCCUGACCGGCUUCCGGGUCUACUCGGAGGCGGCGGGGGCGUCACGGCCGGCCGCUUUUCACGUCGCUGCCGAGCCUGGCGAAUUCGCGGGCUUCGGACUCGCCAUCGCCGCCCUCCGGCCCGGCCCGCAGGACUCGCCGGCGGACGGGCUGGCCGAGGUCCGGCCGACAGCCGUGCCUGCCAGUCGACAUCCGCCGGGCGACUGCACCGUCAUCGGCUCGCCCUACUUCUCGCCGCCCCAGUUGGGCGCCAACACCGGCCGAGUUCAGCUCUACUGCCCCGGCGCCGGAGGUCGGCUCGACUCGGUGACCGGCUCGCGGCCUGGCGAGCUGUUCGGCUACUCGGUGGCACGUGUCGGCGACGUCGACGGCGACGGCAUCGAGGACUUCGCCGUGGGCGCACCGGCUCUGGGCGAGCACGUCGGUAGCUCGAGCUGCCUGGGCCGCGUUUACAUCUUCCGGGUCACCAGAGACUAUCGAAUCGAAAAGAAAGCCUUUCAGGUGAGAGCAAGUGAUGGCUUCAAGAUGAAAUCCCUCUUUCAUCGUCCACUCGGCUUCUCUUGUUGUUCGGCCCUGAUCGGGAUCACUCAUCCUGCCUCUCGUGAUUACCAUUGGACUCUUGUGCCACUCCUGGCAACGUUUACAUUCAGAAGGGAAAUGGCGCUCUUCAGCGCAUUGUCUUGCGCCGUUCCGGUGGCUUGGCAUUCCAGCUGUGCAGGCAUUCUGCAUAUUUCGUUUAAGAUGGUGAAGGACUGGUAG